AAGCACUGAAGGUAACAGUCCUAUGUACACCGCCCACUGUUGAACCAAAGGCAGCAUUGAACGCAUAGAGGAUGUGGCUAAAACUCUGCAGGACUAGUUUACCUGUUGGUUAAGUUAACGAGUAACCUCAGCUUGCCAACUAACUUGCUAGUAACCUUGUAUAUAAUACAAAUAAGAUAUGUUCAUAAAGCAGGCCAAUUUAAGUUGUUUUGUUCGCGGUGGGCGUGGAUAAAUAGAGUAGCGUUAGGGUUAGCUGCAGUGGUUUUUGUGGCCUGCUAGCUAACUGUUACACGGUAACAAAUCGUUAGCUAGCUGAACUAAUUCGCAUCACAUAUCCGAAGCGACGAGGGAAAUGGCACACCUUUACAGCUAGCUAACCCAUAAGGCCGAGUUGUCACUAUAAAGGCAAAUUGGGGGGCCAGCGAUCAGCAAGUUGUUCCCCAGCUAUGAAAGCGUCUACUCGCUGAUUGACAUCUCACAAGACAUGGAGCUGUACUGGUACAUAGUGGUUAUUAUAUUCAUCAUUAUCAAGAUAUUCUUCUAUGUGUGCUGGUACCGAUCGAGACAAAGACAACUUGCAGCAUACUUGAGCAACCCACGCAAUGCUCAGAUAGUCAUUGUUGGAGGAAGGGCCUACCUUCAUCAGAUGUGUGAGAGACAGAGUCAAACCUCUGUCUGGCCCAGUUGGUAUGGUGUUCAAGAUGACCUCUCGAUAGAAGAGCCCUCCUCAACCCUGCCACCAGCUGCAUCCUUCUCCCACUUGGACAUGCCACCACCAUAUGAGGCCGUCUCUGGAGAAGAUGAUCUGAAGCCCCCUCCCUACAGCGAAUGUGCUCACGGAGACGAGGCAGACGCUCCUCGUCCCUCCCAUCAAGCUCCUCUCAGUUCAGAGGGAGACACCAUUAGCGUAAACGAAGCCCCACCCCCAUACACACUGUCGCCCCCUCCACAAGUCGGUCAACAAGACGUCCCUGUAAGCUUCCAGUUCCAGUCAGAAAGCAGGUCCCCCUAAUCGAUCCCUGAUGCCACUUUGCCUUUUUUUCAUGCACUGCCUUCUAACAUUCAAACUCAGUGAUUGUUACCAGCCUAACUCUCAUCACACGAGAGCAGAUGUUUAUUUGGAUGCGUGUGUGCGUGUGCGUGUGCGUGUGCGUGUGCGUGUGCGUGUGC